AUCGUUGUAAGCCCGCCUAUCACGAGCCCAACUGCAUCCACCGUUUGGAACGUCGGUGAUAAGGUCUUGGUGACAUGGGACACGUCCGACAUCCCUGAGCCAAAGAACUUCACUGGUCAAUUGCUACUUGGCUUCCAGGAGAAUGAUAGUGAGAACCUGAUGCUAGACUCCCCCCUCGCUUCAGGGUUCCAGCUCAUUGACGGCCAGGUUCAGAUCACGGUUCCAGAUGUUCCACCGAAGUCGGACUACAUCGUUGUUUUGUUCGGUGAUUCUGGUAAUGCAAGCCCCGAGUUCACGAUA